AGACUGAAGGAAGAAGAACGAUUGCAAGCUAUGCCGAGUACUGCAGGCGUUCAUACGAGGUCAUCUCAGUAUUCACGCCAGCUUGCUGCAAAGCGAUUUCAAAACUCUCUAAACAAUCGGACCGCUGGAUCCUUGGGUUGAACGAUACAAUAUAGGCCAAUUAUGAUUCCAUCCUCGGAGGCCAGAAAACCCAUCGAUCGAGUUUCGCUGGUAUGAAGCCUACGGUAUUCCCUGGGGUUUGGGCAACCAUAGAGCUAGGCAGUGAGCACCGGGUCAAAGGUCACCUCACACCAUCUACGAAGGUUAGGGUAUCACUCGGGACUAGUUCAGUGAAAACUGAGCGAUUCGUGAUGGGAAUAGAACUCUUCACCACCGGCACAGGCUUCAUUUUCGAGGUCCUCACGUUGUCGCACAGCUGUAUUCGAAGGUACGUCUUAUCGCGUCCCAGGCGAGGAUGUCUCCUCCCUAUCUCGGCUUCUCUCGACUCUCUGGUCCUUCAUACGGCCCACAUGAUCCGCAGCAGCAGUGGGAGUGAUCUCGCGGGUACGCUACACCCAUUUACCCGAAAACCGCACUAGGAGAAUCCGAUCGACCUAAAGUCAUUUUUAAUGAGCCGGGGAACCCGGCCUCGCAUCCGAACCCUUCCGCCAC